UUCAGCUGACAGUGCUGAUACAGAAACCAAUCGGGACAAGUGGCAGGUGAAAGCAGGAAGAGCAAGUGUGCGCAGGACUUGAAAGGUGUGGCUGUGAGGGGAGUAUGUGGAGCAGCUAAUGGGAUCGGGUGAGGUUGUGCGUUCCUGCUUUUCCUAAACGGUCGGGACUACCUGAGCAUGUCCAGAGCUCCAUGGCAGGAACUGUCAGGAGGGAGUGCUGCAGACACGACGUCCCAGAGGAAGCAGGAGGUGGGACUGGACCCAGGGCACAGUGAGGAGACAGGUUGCAGCAUGUCCCCAGGAAGAGACGAGAAGGAACAGCACGAGGCGGGUGGGGAGGAAAGAAGUGCCUGGUGCAUUUGAGAACUGGCCGUUAGAUGGUGGGGUGAAGGAGCUGGACCGGUAGUUCAAGUCUAGUCGGUGCAGGGCCUUGAAAGGCCGAGUCCCAGAGGCAGUGGGGAGCCCGCCCUUGGCCUUUCCCAUCGGUGGAGAUGUCCAGACCGGGCCACGUGCAGCUUCUCCACCCAGUGUGUGCUCAGGUGGUGGCGCGUCCAGCCGCUUCCCAGCUGUCCCCAGCUGCGGCCAGGCUUUGCUUGACUCCCUGAGUGGCCACGUACCUGCUUGGAGCUGUGGGUGGUGGUGAGUGAUGGCUCUGCCCCUCCUCCCAGAGCCCAGAUGCCGCUCCAGCCUUCAAGCAAAGACACAGAAGAGAUGGAAGCAGAGGGUGAUUCAGCUGCCGAGAUGAAUGGAGAGGAGGAAGAGAGUGAGGAGGAACGAAGUGGCAGCCAGACCGAGUCCGAGGAGGAGAGCUCAGAGAUGGACGACGAGGACUACGAGCGGCGCCGCAGCGAGUGCGUCAGUGAGAUGCUGGACCUGGAGAAGCAGUUCUCGGAGCUAAAGGAGAAGUUGUUCAGGGAACGGCUGAGUCAGCUGCAGGUGCGGCUGGAGGAAGUGGGGGCUGAGAGAGCGCCCGAAUACACGGAGCCCCUGGGAGGGCUGCAGCGGAGCCUCAAGAUUCGCAUUCAGGUGGCAGGGAUCUACAAGGGCUUCUGUCUGGACGUGAUCAGGAAUAAGUAUGAGUGUGAGCUGCAGGGAGCUAAGCAGCACCUGGAGAGCGAGAAGCUGCUGCUCUAUGACACGCUGCAGGGGGAGCUGCAGGAGCGGAUCCAGAGGCUGGAGGAGGACCGCCAGAGCCUGGACAUCAGCUCGGAGUGGUGGGAUGACAAACUGCACACCAGAGGCAGCUCGAGGACCUGGGACUCCCUGCCGCCCAGCAAGAGGAAGAAGGCACCCCUCGUUUCUGGCCCUUACAUCGUGUACAUGCUGCAGGAGAUCGACAUCCUGGAGGACUGGACGGCUAUCAAAAAGGCUAGGGCGGCUGUGUCCCCUCAGAAGAGAAAAUCAGAUGUGAUGUUUCCCUUCCCACACCCCCCAGGACCCUGACCCUGCGAUUCACAGCCAGCGGGCCCCUCUGAGCAACAGGCACCAGAACCCGGAUUGACAUUUUCCUGCUGCAGCCAGGCAGACGGACAAGCCCUCGGGGCAGCCCUCACUGGUCUGGACUCGUGCUCCUGCUCAGGGCUUGUACAGCUGUGGCCCAAGCUGUCCUAGCCAGGCCAGCUGAGUCCCUCAUCCCCAACAGCCCCUCCCUCCCCCUGCCGUCAGCCCCAGGUCCCUCCCUGACGAAGAAGACCUGCCUCGUCUUCAGCCAAAGCACCUCCUUCCUGCUGGCCUUGGACCUAGCUCCCCACUCACCGAGCCAGCGUGUUGGCCCACGUCGUGGGAACUCUGAACCAGAAGUUCUGUUGGGGGUCGGGCGGGGGUGGGGGCUGUCCUGGCUCUUGCUGUGCUGAGAAGGCGGGCUCCCCAGGUCUUCUCAAGGCAGUCCUUGGUGCCUGCCUCCCACACUGCGGGGACUGGAAUUAAAGUAUUUCCUGGGUCUCUGCUGUGA